UGCCCGCCCCCAGCCCCGCUGCAGCCUGCCGAGGAUGAGCCGUCGUGGGGUCCGCACCGCCUGGCACUGCUCGUGCCCUUCCGUGAGCGCUUCGAGGAGCUGCUGGCCUUCGUGCCCUACAUGCAUGGCUUCCUCAGCAAGAAGAGGAUCCGCCACCACAUCUUCAUCCUCAACCAGGUGGAUCAUUUCAGGUUUAACAGGGCGUCCCUGAUCAAUGUGGGCUUCCUGGAGAGCGGCAACGACACCGACUACAUUGCCAUGCAUGACGUGGAUCUCCUGCCCCUCAACGAGCACCUGGACUACAGCUUCCCGGAGGCUGGGCCCUUCCACGUGGCAUCCCCAGAGCUGCACCCGCUCUACCACUACAAGACCUAUGUGGGUGGCAUCCUGCUGCUCACCAAGCAGCACUAUGAGCUGUGCAACGGCAUGUCCAACCGCUUCUGGGGCUGGGGACGGGAGGACGACGAGUUUUAUCGCCGUAUCAAAGGAGCUGGUCUCCAGGUUCGCCGUCCCUCUGGAAUCACGACGGGGUAUGAGACGUUCCAACACCUACAUGACCCAGCCUGGAGGAAGAGAGACCAGAAGCGCAUUGCUGCGCAGAAGCAGGAGCAGUUUAAGGUGGAUCGAGAGGGAGGUCUGAACAACGUGAGGUACCGAAUCGAGUCACGGACAGACCUGAGUGUGGCAGGAGCCCCUUGCACCGUCCUUAAUAUCUUGCUGGACUGUGACACAAACGAGACCCCUUGGUGCACGUUUGGCUGAGCCUGUCCCUGUGUGCCAGUCGUGUUUGCUGUGCUGGUGCCAAGACUCCAGAGCUGCUGCAGAGCUGCUUGGAACAGGCAGGAUUUUUGCAGUGGAUGAGCAUGGCAGUGCUGGAGAGACACAGAGGAACUGAAGAGAACUGGAUGUUGCUGGGGCCAACAGAAGAGGCUGAGAG